UCCCCCUGGAUUUUUUGGAAUAAACUGUCUGGGGAAUUGUAUGACUUACUGUGGAGGAAACAGAUCAUGUGACCCCGUUACUGGUGUGUGUCAUGAUAGAUGCAUAGAAGGACUCAAUGGAGCUCUAUGUAAUGAAGAAAAACCCAUCUCCAGUCCUCCUACAUGUAACAGUGACAAAACGAGCAUUAUUAUUGGAGUUAUUAUCUCUGUUGUCAUUGUUGUCAUCGGAAGUGCAAUCAAUUUCAUACUGUGGAAGAGGAACCAAUCAAUAAUUGCAGUGAAAUGUGAUCUUAAAUCAAGUGCAGAUCAAAAGGAUGUUGACUUCACAGGUAAAAACAUCCCAUAUUACCUCAUUUACUUCUAAUCAAAUAACAUGAACACUUUCAAUUCCUAACAACUUAGAA